CUAAACUUUUCAUAACUUAAUACUUACAGUUCCUAGAGUUUCCAUCGGACGAAUUCGGAUGCGAAUGAUGAACACGUUUGAUUUUAGAUCUGAUGCCCGGCAUAUGCAAUGAAAGUUACCUUUUUUUAAAAAGUGAGAGACAAGGUUGUUUAGGGUCUACUUUGAUGCUAUAUAAUUGACUAUGAAUUGAACAGUAUUGUGAUAUUGUAACUUAUGUGCCAAACGACAUCAAGUGUCAAAUAAAAAACUUAAGCGAACUUAACAAGAAAUUUAAGUUGGCGUUCAGUGAUGCAAAUCAAAGUCGUACCUCUACCUGAGCUGGUCCGUAAUUGCCCCAAAAAUAUUUUAAACAAGUUGGAGCAGCGAAUUUCAGCAAGAAAUUCUUGUCUUUUCAUGCAAUCGAAAAUAAACUGGUGCUAUUAAUUGCUGAGCCAGCUGUAUUGCCAAUUAAAAUCUUGUUUGAUUUAAUUUAAUGAUGGACUGCACUGUAUGAAGAAAAUCUAUUGAAGACACAUAACAUGACUUCAUUACUUCAAGUUGGCGUUGCAUCCACGAGUGUAGGACCAGGCGAUGAAGUGACCGGAGGUCCCAGCAACUUCAGAGACUUGUGUGGUGAAGUUAGUGAUGACGCUUCUGCACCACACGAAGAUUCCAGUUCACCACGCUCACUAUCACCGAGCACGCCACCAUUAAACACCGCCCCAUCGUCACCCCCAUCCCGACUUACACAAGAGUUUCCGCUAAAAGAAGACAAUUCCCGCAAAAUAUUCAUUGAUGAAUAUAUGGAAACUAACAAAUUUCCAAAAUUAAUAACAAAGUUUUCACGUAAAAAUAAGCACGAUGAAAGUUUCACGAUCAAUUCUAACAACUUGCAUCCAUACGCCGAAGACAUUUCUAGUUCAACAGACAUCAAUAAAAUUGAAUAUUCUGUCGAAGCAUUACGUUCAAAACCAGUUAAAAAGCUGAACAAUUCACACGAGGUAUCAGAUUGUCGAGUAACGGACUUGAAGUUAAAUGUUAAGGAAGAAAAAGAGAUAGGCGAUUUUUCAUUAAAAGUUUCUCCUGCUGAAAAAAUUCUAACAAUAUCCCCGGAGAAAAAAGAGCUUGAUGAGACAAAUGUCAAAAAUGACAAAUCAACGGUGAAACCAGGUUGCGAUUUAAUCAACGAGGCAAGCGGUCAGCAUGAAAAAGACAGAAUUGAAACCAAGCAUUCAAUUGAAUCAAAGAUAAAGGAUGAAGUUGAUAUAAAAACAGAACAGAAUAUGGAUGAAUCUCAUUAUGAUUUCAAGAAAGAAAGUAUAAGCGCCAUCACUCUGAAUCACUCCCACACCACAGCCGGUACACUCCACAGACUCAUGACUGAUCAAGCAAAUGUUGUUCACAACAGCGGACCGUUCGGUGACAUUCACACUUUAAUGAAUAAAAUGAAUCAUUUAAACGGAAUGAGUAUUAGCCAUUUGCUUGCCCGUGAUUUUUUGAAUAGGAAAAACAGUUCGGGGCAUGACAUACAAAAUGCUUCCACUUCUACUCCUUCCACCCUAACAAUUUCGUCACCAUCAGCGUCUACAGGUAACAAUUGUUUCAGUACGAGUAUGGUUACUUUGUCUCCUCCGCACACUUUGUCACCUCACAACCGCUCCAACAACUUGUCCAUAUCACCGGCGUCUGCUUCACCGCAGGAUAAUGAUGCUGACUCUGGGGCUGAUGACCACGAUGAUGAUGAUGAUCCUGUCAAUACUUACUAUAAGAACAACCAAAAAUUCAGGUCUCAACAGCAGCGGUCCAGUGAUAAACGUCCACGUUUUGAUUCCAAAGUAUUUUUCCCCGGACAAAAUUCUCCUCCACUCACCCCCCAAACCACGAUGAACGGACGGAGUCAGGCUGCAAUAGACAAGACAAAAAACAAGUUCAAUCUUGCUUACGGGAAGGACGAUGCUUCGAUUGAUGUUUUUCCUAGACAGGAAUAUCCUAGCAGGAUAACCGUAGCUCCAUCCAGUUUCUUCAACUCAGUGUCGUUUUCGCCGAUGAAUAUUUUAGGCAUGAAUUUAAUUUCUCCAUCAGCUGGUGACAAAAAUGACCAUUCUGUCGACAUUCAUAACGAAAAUAAUCACGCUGACAAGCAUGAGCCUUUUCUUGAUAAAAAUAUCGACCAGUUCGGCAACCAAGCUGCUAGCAAGAUGAAAGACAACACACAGGAUGACAAGAAAAUUGCUCUACCCGGAGACGCAGAAAAAAAUUCUUAUCACAAAUUCCCGGAAUCAAGCACUUCAUAUCCGAUUCCUGAUUCGUCUCUUCCAAAUGAAACUCAGACGUCAGAAUUAAACGCUGCAACCGAAAGGCUCAUCACUCAGCAGUUGUCGAUUCCUCCGGCGGAGCUACAAGUCAAAGAAAAAACAUCAUUCAAUUACAAGCAAACAAACGCAGUCUUCUACAGUUCCUCCGACCAAUCACGCGAUAAGGAGGUUCGUGGAGGAUGUGAUUCAGUCAGCGGUGAUCUGGAGACAAGUUUGGAUGACUUUUCAGGCAGAGGAACAAAACUGGCAAUCUUCGCGAAGUUCUCAGUGGCAAAAGGCGCGCGUUAUGGACCUUUUAUGGGCAAAUUCACUGCUGAGGCUAAAGAUCCUUCCUUCGCUUGGCAGGUGAUGUCGUCACGAACUGGCGAGCGCGGGUGGCUGGACGCCAGGGAGUUCGGUAACUGGCUGAGGCUGGUGGCUGUGGCUGACUCAGCCACCUCAGCCAACCUCAAGCACGUCCUGCUAAACAGAAAGAUAUUCUACGAAGCGUCGCGUGACAUCGCACCGGGCGAGGAGCUGCUGCUGGCACGCAAGACAGUCGUCGAUCUCGAUACCUCCUACACCGCUGAUGAUGAUGUUUCGGAAGAAGAGUCUUCGGAUCACCGCAACGAAGUGACCACGAACGCGGCAGGCGGGGCGUGCGACAGCGAGCUGGCAGAGGACGAUGUGGACGAUAACGGCAUCAGCCAUCGCUGUCUGCAGUGCGAUAAAAACUUCAAAGAUUACGAUUCGUUGGAUGAGCAUCUCAUUGCAUCCCACGGUUUCCCAGCAAAUCAGCACAGAUGUAAAUAUUGCCCCAGGGCUUUCGCAUGGCGGCCAAGCCUCAUCCAACAUAAUAUCAUUCACGGCGAAUUUAAGCGCUACCCUUGCGAGAACUGCUCCCGAGUUUUCACAGAUUCUUCAGUGCUACAAAAACACAUUCGAACCCAACAUGUUGGUGCCAGAGCAUAUGCGUGUGCUGAAUGUGGCAAAACAUUCGCCACGAGUUCCGGGUUGAAGCAACACACGCACAUCCAUUCAUCUGUGAAACCAUACGUGUGCGAAUCUUGCUUCAAAGCGUACACACAGUUUAGCAACUUGUGUCGUCACAAACGAAUGCACGCUGAUUGCAGACAGCAAGUGAAAUGCAGUAAAUGUAAUCAGACUUUCCCAAACUCAACGCAUUUGAGCAAACACAAAAGGUUCUGUGAUACCGCACCGACUACACCAAUGCAAGCGGGCCUCGCUCCUAUGAAUGAAUUUAAUAAAUUACCUCCAUCCAAUUACGGCAUGCGAUCUUUGCAGGUUUCGCCUCCAAGCUCUCUUGCGAUGUAUCCCAGACCACCAAUCCCUCUGCUCCAUCAAUCUAUUCUAGGGAAUUAUCCAAUGUUUUCAAAUUUCCCUUCUUUAGUCGGUGGUCCUCAGCAUCCUCUCAUAACUCCUUCCAUGUUUCUCCCGCUCCAUGGCAACACCAGGAGGCACAAACGAGAAAUGCACGACCAACAUGAUUCAGGAAUAUCUUUGGGAGAGGAAUCAGAUAGAGAAUUUCGAGGUGCUGGGCCCAGGAUUGAAUCAUCAUUAACGUUAGAACAGAGUAGAUGUGGUGACGUGCAGACAUUGGAUGAUGAAGCGUCAUCACGCGCGAGGUCAAGAUCACCACUUUUCUCCUCUCAGCAAGAAUCGCCUUCGCCUGGCAAAGAAUCUACACAUGAAUCCGAAGACUCCAUGGACCAAAGCAAAACACAAAGUGACGUAGAAGAUUCUAUGAUGACAUCACCUAGGCGUUUAAGUCCGUCUCCAAAUUCCAACGAAUUUGAGCCGAAACCAAAACUGCCUGGCGGGAGAAAAGAGUCAACUCCCCUAGACCUCACAGUGCGACGAGAAGAAAUGGAUUUGAUUUCUAAUAACAAAAUUGCAUCAUCAUCUUCUCAGUCUGAUAUAUCCAAAGAUAAAUCUCCUGUAAAGGAGAACCCUCAGCCUCGUAACUUCGAACACCGCAGUGGCCAUCCCUUAUGGAGCAUCAGUGACCUUCUGAAGGAACCAACACCAAAGACUCCCCCUACUUUGCCUGCACCGCCUACGUCUCUUGUAGACACGCCGACCAAAUUUAAUCUGGCGUACCCCAGACCUUUGCAUCCUAACUACAUCUUCGACAUGUGUCGUAAUUUUGAGCGUAACAACCAGGAACGGGCGCAUUUAUUACCACCGUCGGCCUCGCCUCGUUCAUAUCCACUGAUGCCGUUUUUUUCGGCCUCUGCUAUGAGCGGAAUGGGAGGCUUAGGAUUGGGCUUGGGCCGCAGCCCAAACCUGGAUCUUUUUAAAGCACAAAUGACCGCAUCAUCUCGACCGUAUCCUGAUUUGUCUCGAACUUACGACCUCAUGCCCGCGCAUAUACCCCGUCCCAAAGACCGGUACUCCUGCAAAUUCUGUGGCAAAGUCUUCCCGCGAUCUGCUAACCUCACGCGACAUCUUCGCACUCACACCGGCGAACAGCCUUACAAAUGCAAGCAUUGCGAGCGAUCCUUCAGUAUUUCGAGUAACCUUCAGCGCCAUGUCAGAAACAUCCACAACAAAGAGAGACCUUUCCGAUGCCCUUUGUGUUCUCGGUCUUUCGGACAACAGACUAACUUGGAUCGGCAUCUGAAGCAUCACGAGGAAGGCGGUCCAGAUAUUCCUGAUGUCAAUAAUGUCAACGAAACUCCUGUCAAAUUCUUAAGCGAUGAAAUAAGGUCUUUUGUGUACAAGGUGACUGAUCAAGGAAACGACGACAGUGUCGUUGAUGACUUGGACGAAGAUGAAGAGGACGAAGAAGAGAUAAACAAGUCUUUCCAUGCCAUCACCGACGCUGGAUUCACAAAUAACGACUCAUUAUAGACGAGUCAGAGAUUUAUUUAGUAUUAAAUUCACCACCUUAGUAUAUCGUCACUAAUUACCCUUUUUUCUUCUACUGAAAUAUACAUUCGUCAAUGUAAAAGUAAAACUUAAAUAUUACUUGUUUGCAAAUGUAUAAUGAUUUAUUUAAUUCGACUGAAUUUCACUUCUUAUCUAUUCACUUGUUACAGAUUAACUCAUUUCCGAAUUGAAGUAACAGUUGUUCAUUUUCAUCAUUGUAAGACAAUUACUUAUGCAUCAGGCAUUUUUUCAAAACUCUUCAUGAUAAAUUUUGUGACGGAAAAAAGUCUGUGUGUCAAGGUUAGCAAAUGUUACUAGCGGAUAGCCAAUGUCAUCAAUACAUGUAGUUUGUAAAAUACCAGAACAAUAAAGUUGUCCAAUAUUAAGCUUAGAUUAAGAAGCGUAGACUCCUUUCUUAUCUGAGAUUACAUUUACCAUAGCGCUGUAGUAUUAGAAUUGCGUGUCAAUAUAUGUUUACAAAUGGCAGAAAUCGAUCAUUUUGUAGUUUGGCAGACGGUGUUCCAUAUUAAAGUUAGAUUAUGAGUCGCUCAUACACGGCCAUUUUUCAUUAAAUGUGUACAAAUCCCACAUUUGGUGGGAUUUGUUUUUAUUUUAUAUUUGUUUUUUAAAGUAAUCCACUAUCAUGGAAAUAGACAUUAAAAAGCUCUCAAUAUCAUCCUUGCAAUAUCAUUAAUAUUGAAAUACUAUGGAGUAUUACAUAUAAUUAAAAAGUCGAGUACCGACACCGCAGUCAGAAUUUAAUGAAAUGCUUUAAAUUUAAAAUUUCAAUUAUGAUGUGUCUUUAUUUACAAUUUUUUCCAUCCAAAAACUAGAGAAUUACAAUUGAUUAUUAACGGUGAAUUUGUUGCGUGCAUAACUGAAAUAUAUUUCAUUCUACCAUUAUAUCAAAAAAAUAUUUUUAAUCAUCAGAUUUAAAUUUGCUGCCAUUCUUUCCGAUAUUAAUAAAAAAAUUUACGUAAAGUUCACUUACGUCCCAUAAGUUAAAUGGAAAAAAUCAAUCUGGCAUAACAUUUCAUGGCGACGAUUUUUCUUAAGUAAGCGAGUGGUUAUUUGAACUUUAUAUUCAAGUGGUGUCGAAAUAAAAGGAUGCUAGCUUAGCCUUAACUUUUAUUUUAAAGAACUGUUCGAAAUAGCGAAACCGAUGAAAAAUCAUCAAAUUAAAGUUGAGCCUUGAAUUUAUUUCAAUCGAAUGAGGACCAAAUAGAGCAAUAUAUUUUGGAUUUAUUUUUUUUUUCAAUCUCAGAUACAAUAUUUUUAUGCAAAA